UUCUGUGUCUUGUUCCUUCUUGUGUUCUCUCCCUUUGCUGCUUAAAAAGAAUUAUCUUUCAAUAAUCCAAUAAAGAAAGCAAGCGAGAAGCCCACUGAAAAAGAAAUCACUGUAGCGUAUAGAAGAUCAGGUAUGAAUAUCACCAUCGCAGAAGAGAAAAGGGAAGAGAAGGAGAGGCUUGUCGUCGCCACUACCAAAGUGGUGGAGUACUUGCAGCCAUUUAUGUCGAAAGAGCUUCUCUGCAAGUUUCCAGACAACUCUGCCUUCGACUUCGAUUACACGCAGAGUUCAAUUUGGUCCCCUUUGGUCACUCGGGCUUACAGUCCCAUGGAUUUGGAUUUGGAUUUUGAUUUUGAUUUCAUGACACCAAGAAAGCUCUCAUUUGGGAUGGAUUUCGGCAAAGAAAACAAGCUCAAGAAAGUCAGUUCCAACAUUAAGAAGAAUAUCUGCACCACUGCCUUCAAAGUCAAUCUAAAUCUUUUGAAAAUGAAGAGCAAGAAGAAAAUGAAGGCAUCUGAAUUCUCUCCCACUCCUAUUAAGAACACUUGUUACCCAGCCACCACCAAGGCAUGGGCAAAGAUGCUGAAAGCUGCGUCGAAACAUUUCAAAAGAAAGAAGAAAGAUUCCACGGCCUAUGUGAAGCGCUCCAUCUAUUUGAGAGGAGGAAAAACAUUUCAAGAUGAUUAAUAGAUUUGCAACUUCUCUUUUUCGUUGUUCAGCUUGAUUUCUAUUUAUAAUCGGUAUUCUUCUUGCAGGCACCACCUUCCAUUCACGUUAAUAGAGAUAAUUUUUCUUUUUUGUAUGUUCCAAAUUAGAUGCAAGUCUUCAACAA